UAUAGUGAAUGCAGGGUCCGGGAGACCAGAUAUAGUGAAUGCGGGGUCCGGGAGAGCGGAUAUAGUGAAUGCAGGGUUCGGGAGAGCAGAUAUAGUGAAUGCAGGGUCCUCGGGAGACCGAAUAUAGUGAAUGCAGGGUCCAGGGAGACCAGAUAUAGUAAAUGCAGGGUCCUGGGAGACCAGAUAUAGUGAAUGCAGGGUCCGGGGAGACCAGAUAUAGUGAAUGCAGGGUCCUGGGAAACCAGAUAUAGUGAAUGCAGGGUCCGGGGAGACUGGAUAUAGUGAAUGCAGGGUCUGGGGAGACCAGACAUAGUGAAUGCAGGGUCUGAGGGAGACCAGAUAUAGUGAAUGCAGGGUCCGGGGAGACCAGAUAUAGUGAAUGCAGGGUCCAGGGAGACAGGUGUAGUGAAUGCAGGGUCCGGGGAGACCAGAUAUAGUGAAUGCAGGGUCCAGGGAGA